AAUCGGUAUUUCGUGAUAUAAAAUAUAAAUAUUAUUAUUAUUAUUUUUAUAAAUACUGAUAAUAAUAUAAUGUAUACUUAAAAUAUAAAUUAUAAAUUCAUAAAUAAUAAUAUAAAUUGAAAACUAUAGUACCAGUUUUGAGUUUUGACAGUGAAAAUCGAUAACUGGAAAGGCACUACUUUGAUUUGUACACAGUUAUGUUAAAUUGAGCACCUUUAUUAUAAUAAGAUGUCGGCCAACACAAGUACUCGGGAUAAAUUACUUGGUUUGCUCGAUGACUUCGAACUUUUAAGCAGAGAGCUGAUUGAAAAUUUGAGUGCUGGGCGACAACAAAAGAUUAAUGUUCAACAUCAGUUACUCCUUACAGAGCAGCUCGUAGCCACCGAUAAUGAAAUAAAGGCUACUUUAAAAGUUGCAGAACACCAAGCAGAAGUAGAAAAAAAAGUAAAUGCUAUUAAGGAAGAAAUAGAAACACAAGACCAACAUAUUACACAAAUGCAAAAACAUUUCAAAGAAGCAGAAAACAUAUUGGCAACAGCAUUAUUUCAAGCAAAACAAAAAUUACAAUCCAUCAACAAAGCAAGUAAACAUCCUGUAUCCUCAGAAGAUCUCAUAAAAUAUGCUCACCGAAUAAGUGCAUCUAAUGCAGUGUGUGCACCUCUUACAUGGCAACCUGGUGAUGCACGUAGACCUUAUCCUACCGAUAUUGAAAUGCGAAUGGGAUGUUUGGGAAGAUUAAGUGAUCUACCACUUAAUGGACAUAUAAUGCAGCCUCAAGGUCUAGCUGAUAUGGUGCGAUCAAAUAAUCAAAUAGAUCGUCAAGCCUCUCAGCAAAAUCAAUUUGCUUGGCAUUCAACCGGUGAUAUGCACUUAGGAGUUGGUAGCGGAGUCAUAGAUACUAGAAAUCAUUCUAAAGAUGUUGCGGAAGAUGUUGAAGUUAUGUCAACAGAUAGUAGCAGUUCUUCAUCCAGUGAUUCUCAAUAGUUAUAAAAAUAAAAAAUAAAUACAAAUUAAAAA